UUAACAGAACGCAGUGACGCACACAAUAAGUCAAUAACACGGUGGUAGUACACGGAGUCACGGACUUGCCUAUUGGGUAGAUACGCCACUCACGUUUUCUUCCUUUAGUUUCGUGGAACCAUAUGAUGUCUGUCUGUCCCUUUUUCUAUUUGACAACGUUACGUGGUGCCGUUCCAUGAUUUAUGAACUAUGACCCUUCUUUGUCUCGUAAUCUUGGGUUCCAAAAGAAGGAGAAGAUGAACGUGGAUCUGGAAUCAUUGGCAGAGGCAACUUCUGGGGCCAUAGGAUCACUGAUCAGCACCACUAUUCUCUACCCACUUGACACCUGCAAGACCAAGUACCAGGCUGAGGCUCGUUCCUCAGGUCGAAUAAAAUACAGGAAUCUCACUGAUGUAUUAUUGGAGGCAAUAUCUAACCGUCAGGUGCUUUCACUUUACCAGGGCCUUGGAACAAAGAAUCUUCAAUCCUUCAUUUCACAAUUUGUCUACUUCUAUGGAUACAGCUAUUUUAAAAGGCUGUAUCUAGAAAAAAGCGGUUAUAAAUCCAUUGGAACAAAAGCAAACUUGGUUAUUGCUGCUGCUGCUGGGGCUUGCACAGCCAUUGCGACUCAGCCCCUGGAUACAGCCUCUUCAAGGAUGCAGACAAGUGAAUUUGGAAAGUCUAAAGGGCUACUGAAGACCCUUACAGAAGGAACCUGGAGUGAUGCAUUUGAUGGCCUCGGUAUUUCCUUGCUGCUGACAUCAAACCCUGCAAUUCAGUAUACGGUGUUUGAUCAGCUGAAGCAACGAGCACUGAAGAAUAAACAAAACAAUGCUGAUAAAGGAACAUCUCCAGCAUCCCUUUCCGCAUUUAUGGCCUUUCUUUUAGGUGCAAUUUCAAAGAGCAUUGCUACCUGUCUAACAUAUCCAGCUAUCAGGUGCAAAGUUAUCAUUCAAGCUGCAGACUCGGCUGAACCAACCUCCAAAACAAUGAUAAAAUCACAGAAAACAGUGUCUAGUGUUCUCUAUGGAAUAUGGAAAAGGGAGGGCUUACUGGGAUAUUUCAAAGGAUUGCAUGCUCAGAUCUUAAAAACUGUUUUGAGCUCAGCACUGCUCUUAAUGAUCAAGGAAAAGAUCUCUGCUACUACCUGGGUGCUUAUCCUUGCACUUAAAAGGUACCUAUUACUUCCAAGGGGUAGGAUUAAGAACUUGUAAUUUAUAAUAGCAGUUACUGGAGGAAGAAGCUUCAAUUCGUUGCGGAUAAUGAAUGUGGUUGGAGUGCAAAGUGUGCACUUUAACAGAUACAUCCAUCUCUUCAAAGUUGAGACGAGAUUGUUUUGGUGGCUUCUCUCUUCUGUCCUCUUCCCUGGCUUAUUGAUAUAGAACAAUUAGUCCAGGAAUUUAUGCAAAAGACUGAUAGAGCAAGGCAAAGUAGAAAAUCUUGACAAUAAAUGGUUUUUUUAUUUUUAAAUAUUUCUUGUUUCAAAUAAAGGCUUGCAUUACUUAUUUAUUUUUUGUAGUUAGUUCUUUUAUAUGUAGUGGAAUUCCCACAUCAGAAGGAUGUCAGUUAAGAGUAGUGUAGGAGCUUUAUAAAUAAGCAUCCUCUUUUAUGUAUGUAGUCAAUUCAGUUUCAGAUUGCUGAAUAGUUUUGUUCUGAUUCU